AUGGCAGCGUUGGUGCAAACGAUUCCUCAACAAAGUAGCACGGUCUCGGUGCUCCAAACUCGCCCAUCUUCUUCCUCUGGCUCCUUUGCUCCUAUGUCUCAGUCAUCACAACAGCAAGGUUCUCGGGUGCCGGCAAUGUCUUGGAACUCGUACAAUAACACUGUGAGCGGAGCUCAGGGCUAUCGGGCAGGCCACCAGGUUGUGGCCCCCUAUGCUUUUACCGGCACCUCCAACCUCCCCAACCCCAACUUCAACAACAAUAUGCAAAAUCGGCAAUCGUGGACACCGCAUAUGAGGCCAGAGCACCGGACAUCUUCUGCUCCCUCGGUACCUCAAAGCCCUGCUGGAGUCAAUUCGCGCUUUAUCCAUCACUCUGCAGCUGGUUCUGUAUCCACUUCUUCCUCCAAUUCUUCCGUCCAGUCCUACCGUUCCAAAGACGACUCUGUGAUCCCCUCAAGACAGUCCGGCAGCGAUCUACCUAUCCGUCCAUUAUCCACAGUCAACCUUCCUUCUCCCUCCUCGACGUCUUUCAUGAACAUUUCCUCUCCCACCGUUGCUCGGCCCUCUCCUGAACGUUACCGACGAGCCAAUAGACGAGCAGAGCCCGCUGUAGGAACGCAGGCGACCGUCGCAUCCCCCGGCCUUCCAGCAGAGGAUCAAUCGACGUCGAAAAACGCUUUGCCGGACCCAGCACGUAGCCGUGGGCAUACUCGGGUUUCGAGUGCAGAUGAUACGGCACGCCCUGAGAAGCCACAAGCGGAGCUUGCUAAGCGAUAUAGGCGUCGGAGCUGGGCAAAUAUCGACAAUGCUGGGCUCAUCAAUUUACAGCUUCACUUGCCAUCGUCCCCCACGCCAAUGUUGAACUUGCAUGAUUACUUCGACCCAAACAAUCGACCAGACUCUGCGCAGUCCAAGGGCGAUGUUCCCGGCAGCGUUCACUCGGCCAACUCAUCCACAUCAUCGGUGCUGACAAGGAACCAGGUGCGGGAGACAGGAACAACAGAGUCUGCACCCUCCAGUAAGAGUACUAACAAACCAGACGAUACGAAGCGAGUCACGAAACCUUCGCCGUUGUCACAACCUGUCUCUGUUGACUCACCGCAACCCGAACCUCAGCCUGCCUCCAAGGACAAGCAGCCGGCUGCUCCUAAGGAGAGUAUUGCUACACAACGUCUGGCCGAUAUCUCGAAGAACGAUCACAUACGGCCUGGAAAAUCGAGGUUGCGGAGAGCUUUCUCCUUCGGUAGCGCCUCGGAACUUCUCAAGGCUUCUUCGCAGAACAACUCCACCAAGCGUGAGGCAGUUAUUGCGGAGAGGUCUCGGAGGGAGAUUCUGAAGGAAGAGCUGGGGGCCGAGCAUGCGGCUAUCGCCGAGCAGCAGGAGGCCAGUGGAUUGGGUGAGAGCAUUUACUCGCACCACCAAGGUCGCUUCUUCAACAGCUCCACCGACAAUCUCUCCGUCUCGUCAACAGCAUCGUCCGCUUCGAUAAUGCUGCGCAAGAUGGGCAAGGGCAUGAAACGGUCCACUCGCUCUCUCGUCGGGUUAUUCCGUCCCAAGUCUGUCGUCAAUACGGCAUCGGUCGAGGGCGUGAAUGUGGAGCCUAUGGCGCCUCAAUUAUCGGUAGUGAAUGUUGAGGCUGAGAGGAAGAGCGUGCCCGCUAAGGCGGAUCCCCAGGGCUUUCCUCGCGGUGGCACUGUCUUCCCUAAGGUCGAGAAUAAUGCUCAAGAAUCUUCAGGCCCUGACGAUGCUGGGGCUGACAGAUCUCAAUCGCGUAAGAGCAUUGUGGGUGGAGAUAGAGAGCGGGCUGAAAUACUUGCGGCUGUAAGAAAAGGCAUCCUCAAAAGUCUCGACUCAGAAACCAACUCCGAUUCAGCUAUUCCCACCCAAUCAGGUAGACCUUCCGAUGGGGUAGGCAGUGACUCGCCGCAUUCCAGUACCCCCAGUACACCCGAGGAUCGAUCGCGUGCUGGCAAUCGAAAAUCCGAGGCUGUCAAGAUUGCUGGUGAAGACUACUUCCUGUCCGAAGGGCGAAUCCCGGAAUCUACGAGCACCCCUGUCACGCCGCAACCUGUUGGCGCCAAGAGCCUUGUCUUUAGCCCUCGCAUUCAAUUCCAUGAGACAUGGCCUAGUGGCGAGUAUGAUCGUAGGGGAGAUAUCGCAACCUGCAAUCGCUUGACACCAUUGCUUGCUCAGCAAAUCAAAGAGGAACUCAACAAUUUCAAGAUGGAAAUGGAAGUUCACGAGACCUCUAAGAUUUACACCCAUUUCCUUUGA